CUCUUUCCGUCAUACCCUCCUUUUGGCUCCGGUUAUCCCUCCCCGUUCGGAAUGAUGUACGGUUUUGGAGGUUACGGAGUUCCUUUCGGUGGCCUCCGUGGAGGGUCAGCUUUUUACCCGCCUGGAUCCCCAAGUCAAUAUGGCAUGUUCAGAUAUGGCUACACAUCCCCCACAUACGACGACCUCUAUGGAACGCGAUACUCCGACGAUCGCAUGUUUGACUCAUUCCCCUAUUCAGAUCGAUACGAACGUUUCCGAAAGAUUCGUGGCGACGUUCGGGACUUAUACGACAGCCGAAUGAAUCGUUUAAGGGAGCAAGUUUCCGACAUACGCGGAGGUAUCCGAGACGUUUACAACAAUCGAGUGGAUCGCGUUAGAGAGCAUUUUUCUGAUGGUCUUGAUUAUCAAAACGACCGACGAGAGAGACUAGGAAAUGUAGUGGGCAUUGUUCGUGAUUUUUACGACAAGCGCUUUGAUCGUUUGCGGGACUCCGUUGAAAAUAUCAGGGAUCGUUUUAACGACCGUCUCGAAAACUUUAGAGACGCUCAAAAUGACCAACGGGAAUUUGUAAGCGAUAGAAUGGACACUUUAUGGGAUUUUCAAGGGACCCGAGGUGACGCUCUCGAAGAUUUCUACGGUAGAAGACGAGACGUCUUUAAUGAUCGCGUUGACCGAUUCCGGGACAAUCAAGAAAAUCGAAUUGAUUCAUUUCGUGACCGUGUCGAUGAUUUCCGAGCUAAGUUCAUCGACAAUAGAAGAGACGAUCGAAAUCGUUUUUUCAAGAAAGGUUAUUAUUCCUGAAAUAAAGGUCAAUGAACAAUAUUGGAGAUAAUAUAUGUGCUAAUGGUACUAUUAAACUUUGAAAAAAUGAACUGAUAUAUAGGGCAACCAUUGUUAUGGUGAAAAUUUGA